AUGAGCAUCCGGGUGCAUAACUCGGAGCACUUCGAGGAGCUUCGCCAAAGCGCGUUGAGCAGCUCGUCCCUGUCGUCGAAGUCCCGCUCGACGGUCUCUCCAUCAACCAAUGCCAGCGGUAAAAUGACAGCCUCGGCUCUCUCAAAGGAGACCCACAUGAAACGCAUGGCUAUGAAGCACGAGCUGUACAUGAAGGAGCAGGAAGCUAUGGAGAAGAAGCUCGCGGAGACCAUCGCCGAGAACAUCCAGCGACAAAAGAGCAAGAAGGAGGGACAGUAUUUGAAGCUGCAGCAGGACGUCGAGGAUGGCAAAAUCCUCGCGAAGGAGCUCCAGGAGAAGCUGGAGCUGCAGCAGCAGUCCAGGGCUCGGCAAUUUUCUCGCAUGCACGAGGAGUGGACCAAUGAGGUCUACCACAAGCUCAACGACCCGAUUCUGGCUAAAGUUCACGCUAUGGACGGCAAGCAGCGAAGUGCCGAGAAGGCUGAGGCGUACCAAAAGUUCCUGGACAUCACCAACAAGAAGGGCGGCCUCUUCCGCGACAUCAUCAUCGAGAGCGAGUACAACCCGCUGAGCGACGCCAAGUUCCUCAACCACCGAGCCAGACUGGACGACCCGAUGAAGCGCGUGAUUCGCCGACGUGAAGAAGAGGACGCGAUCGCGCGAGACGGUGCCAGUAUGUCCGACGAGAGCGGCACAGACCACAAGGCGCUAAACGAGCAGUACGUUGGUCGUGCUGACAAUCUGGACGUGAAACUCUGGUCCAAGGGCGUGUACGAGAGCACGCCGUACGGCUACUUCCACAACAUGAUGAGCAGCACCUCCAGCUCGGAAGGAUCCAAGACGUACGCGUCACGCGUGAAACUGGAUCACUACAGUAUCGAAAAGGGUCCCGAGGUCCUCCGCCAGGAACAGCCAAGGGGCAAGCGUACUAACUUUGACGGACACAAACUACCAAAGACCACGAUCCAACUUACAUAA